UUAGAAGUGUUGAAUCAUGUGGAGGGUGGCAAGAGAACUCUGCGUUCCCACCGUGUUCAUCUUGUCCCUAUGGAUAAAUAUUUCUCAUACGAAGACUUUUACUAGUUUCGGGGUCCGUUUUCCGGACUCAUGCAAAGGAUUUGUUCCUAUGGAGGAUACAAACACUAACUGCAUUUUCUGCUCUACCAUGUGUCUCAUUCAGUUUCAAAAGAAGGACACUCUUCAAUCGGAAAACCAAGGAGUCAUGAUCCACAGUUCAGGCACGCAAUGCAUGCAGAUCAAAAUUGAGAAUGGUCAAGUUACUUGCCUUGAUUCUGAUUUUCUGAGUGAAGAGACAAUGAUCAUUGUGAACAGAGACCUCAUGACAUCCAUGACUCUAAAAAAAGAACCUUACACCCCCAUGCUUUUGGGAGGCGUGCUGAAACUUGCUCCAGUUAGUGAUCCCCAAGACUCAUUACCCACAUUUUUUGUUCCCGACGCCCCAUUCGCAAUUGGCUUAAGCAAUCACCUGGCGAUAAUUAACCGUGGAUUAAUGGUAUGUGGGACGUCUCUUGGAUUAUGCUUCCAUUGGGCUUUCCGAGAAAAGACGUGGAAAGGAUUCCCAGGUCCGAAAGAACAACAUUUCACGGGCGCCAUGGGUUUUCUAGAAGGUCAGCCAAUCAUCGUUGGAGGUCGAAAGGCCGAUGGAACAACAACGGAUAAGUCAGAACUUUUUGACCCUCUAACUUAUUUGUGGACUGAUGGGCCCAAGUUGUCUCUGCCUCGACGUUUGAUGAGCCUGGUUCAAGUCAACUUCACCACCAUUAUUGUGGUGGGGGGAUUCGGUAAUCAAAUAGAAAGCAAUACGGAUCUGCUGUCGGCUGGAGAUACUCGAUGGACCAAACUGGAGGAUAGGCCGGAACCUGUUUAUAAAUCAUGUUGCGGGGUGGUCGUUUUAGGCGAUGGUAGAAGAGGGGCUUUAUCCAUUGGAGGGGAUGCUGGCGGGCUCUCUUCAAAGACAUUUUUUUUGGACUUUGGAUCAAUGACUUGGUCGUACUUGGCAUCUUUCAAUUUACCAUUGCCUUCAUACGGUGGCUCUCUUUUUCAAACGGACGCGGAAAUUCACUUUAUGCCUUUAUGUGAAAUCGAUUUUCAAACUGAAGUGUUAAAACUUUAUGUGAGGAGAACCGAUGGGCUGAAUGAAUCUUGGGAACUGAGGCCUUAUCCUUACGGAGAGUUCACAGUUAUAACUCUUGCGAACCCACUGACCCCAUUAAUUUAUGUAAUGCCCAACAAUGACUAGAGACAAGAAACCAUUUUGUUUUGGCGUUGAGGGAAAUUCCAGACGUUUGUCAAGACUAGUCUAUCUUGAAGUAGUGACUUUUUAUCUUAAGUCACAUGCUCAAUGUUGUACAGUUUUGAAUGCGAAUUGUUGUCUGAGAACAAGUUCACCCAACAAGAAGAAUAUCUGUUGUGCACAAAACUAGUUUUGACAAACGUCUGGAAUUUACACUCAACGCCAAAACAAAGUGUAUUUCCUGUUCCUUGUAAUGACACUCUCUGAUUGUUAGAUAUAAUUUCUGAACCGUCAAACUUUUUUUCAUCAAGCCUAAUCGCUUACACUUCCGCUUCCUUGUUUAAGCGCAACUAGAAGGUUGUUGAUUCAUGAAAAGUUGCUUUCUUUCGCAUCAUUUUCACUCUCUUCUAAGCCAUAUGAAAACCAAACACUUUUGUUGGAAGCGUUGUUCAGUGCCUUUUUUCUUUUAUGCCCAAAAGAUCCAAAAUCGUAAAAGAAAUAAAUAGUUCCUAUGUGUGCUA